AUGGCUCAUAUGGAUUUAACCAGGAGAGAGAAGAUUUUGGGUGUAAUCUGCUGCGUUUUGUUUUUCCUUGUAUUGCUUUCCAAUAAGCCACUUUUCGAUCCAGUCAUCUCCAAUGUCUUCACAUUUCAAGGAAAGCUGAAGGAUCACAAUACAGACGAGCUGACAUUAGCUCUGAGCAGGGCUUCCAUGCCCAACAGGACUGUGAUAAUAACCACAGUGAACACAGCAUGGAUGGAGCCAGGCGGAAUUUUCGAGUUGUUUAUGAGGAGCUUUGAAAUCGGGGAAGGAACUCGACCACUGCUCAACAAUCUGCUGGUUGUUGCCCAUGAUGAAAAGGCAUUCAAUGCCUGCACACAAAUCCAUCCUCACUGCUAUCGAUUGAAGACUCCAGGAGUUGAUUUCUCAGGGGAGAGCUUCUACAUGACAGGGGAUUACUUGAAGAUGACGAGGUCUAAAAUCCUCUUGCUCACCAAUGUGCUACGCAGAGGCUACCAUUUUCUUUUCUCUGAUUCAGAUAUACUGUGGUUUAGAAACCCAUUUCAGAGAUUCUCAACAGAUUCAGAUUUCGAAAUGUCAACUGAUAGAUAUUUUGGUGAUCCUGAGGAAAUGAGAAAUUGGGAGAAUACAGGAUUCAUGAUGUUCCGUUCGAACAAUAGGACUGUUGAGAUGAUGGAGAUGUGGAACAAUGCUACAUAUACUAGGCCUUCCUUGAAUGACCAAGAUGUCUGGAAUGAUAUAAAAUUGUCUGAGAACAUUACUCAAUUGGGUCUGAGAGUGCGCUUCCUGGACACACAGUAUUUUAGUGGGUUUUGUGAAUCUGGCACAGAUCUAGGUGUAGUGUGCACCAUGCAUGCAAAUUGUUGUAAAGGAUCCAAGGCCAAGAUUCAUGAUUUGACAGAAGCUCUUGAAGAUUGGACCUCUUUUCAAUCCAGUGGAUUGAAUAGCACAAAUGUGCAUUGGAGAGUUAGGGAGGAAUGCAUACAUUCUUGA